GUGAAUAUGUGGAUCUUUGUCUCUACAUAUGAUAUUGUAUCAUUGUUUCAAUGUAGAUGCUUGAGGAAUAUCAUCAUCAUCGUAAGUAAAUGAUUAAGAAUAAGAUAAGUAUCUCACCAUCUGAUUAAAUAGCAUUAGUCAAAGUAAGAUCACGUGAUCAGAUCCCAAUAACUAUGUGUUCAAACACACAUAAAUCUUAUUCUAUAAAACCAACAAGCUUUAGAAGUCUCUCGUCUCUCUUUUCUCUAACACACAUCUCCAUCCAAGAUUUUCUCAGUUCACAGAAAAACAGAACAAGAAAAAGUCAAGAGGUUUCAAGAGUCCUAAAGGAAAUUUCAAGAAGAGAACUCAGAAUGAAGAGAUGCUGUUCAGUGGCUCUGGUUCUGUUACUUGUAGCUUUCUUUAGCAGCAAGUAUAGUGUAGAAGGACGUUCUCUGUUAACGAUGACACAUUCGAGUCAAGCUGUGAGAGAUUUGCCUGUAAGCAAGGAGAUGAAGAAAGAGCCACUUAAGGGAGAAAAUGAUAGCUUCAGAAGAAUCCCAAGGAGUGGCUCAAACCCUAUACAGAACAAGUGUAAUCCACCGGUAGAUGUUAAAGCAAGUAGGAAACAACAGCAGAUCACAACAUCAAGAAAACCUUAAAAUUCCAGUUCUUUUUUUGUCCUUAUUUAGAUCCUCUACUUUCGUUUUUUUUGUAGAAUAGGUACCUAGACAUGUGUGCUUUUAAUGCUGUAAUCUACUUGAAAUAUAUGAACUCAUCUUUUAAUCUUAUUGAUCGAUCAAGAUAGGAUGAAAAUUUAAAACGCC